AUGUCGUCCUUUGGAACCCUCUACAGCUACCCGGGCAACCCCCGCGCCGCAAAGAUCCACGCGGUCGCAAACCUCAGCGGCCUCAGCAUAGCCGACGGCGCCUUCACAAUGGGCGAAACCAACCGAAGCGACGAUUUCCUCUCCAAAUUCCCGCUCGGCAAAGUCCCCGCCUUCACGAGCGCCGACGGCCUCAACCUCUUCGAGUCCGGCGCAAUCGCCACCUUUGUUGCUGAGAAUGGGUCAGCCAAGGACCAGCUGCUUGGAUCGACGCCCGCUGAGCGUGCGCUUAUCAAGCAGUGGAUUGAUCUCGCUGAGAAUGAAUUGACCACGCACUCGAUGACGUGUCUUAUCCCGAGGCUGGGAUAUAGGAAGUUCGAUGAGGCGGCAGAGGGCUUCGCGAUUCAGUGUAUGGAGCGUGUGCUUGCUGUUCUCGAGAAGCAUCUUUCCAGUGGGAGGAAGUUCGUCGCGACGGAGAGUCUGAGUCUGGCGGAUAUCACCAUUGCGCAAUCGUUGACUUGGGGGUUCAAGCUUGUUCUGGACGCGGAGGUUCGUGCGAAGUAUCCCGCUGUUGUUGAGUACUUUAAGCGUAUUGUUGCGAGUGAUGGGGUCAAGCAGGCGUUUGGGGAGCCGGAGUUUGUUGAGAAAAGGAGUGUUCCUCAGUGA